AUGAGUACUAUCCACAAUAUCGCGGCAGUAAUGACUUCUGCCGAUGAGUCUCAUGUCCUCCAGCAGGUUGCCCCUAGCACCGACAACUCAUCUGGGCAGCUAACUCCGGCCCAUUCUGGUAUCACCAGCGAGUGUUCUAGUGACAAUGGGAUGCAUGCAGGCAAUGGCACUGGGAAUGACUUUUUAAACCAGUCGCCAAGAACCAACACUACACAGGUGCCUAUCGCCGUUGUUGGCAUGGCCUGCAGACUGCCUGGUCACUCUAAUUCACCCAAGGCCCUCUGGGAUUUCCUUGAGCGGGGAGGUAUCGCGGAGAACAGACCCCCGGCGUCACGUUUCAAUCUCGAUGCCCACUUUGACAAGCACAGACGGCCUCGUACCAUGAAGUCACCUGGAGGUAUGUUCAUGGAAGACGUGGAUCCAGAAGUCUUUGACGGAGGAUUCUUCAAUAUGAGUCCAGUUGACUGUACUGCGAUGGACCCGCAACAACGCCAACUACUAGAAGUUACCUACGAGUGUUUGGAGAACGCAGGAAUAACCUUGGAGAUGAUCGGUGAACAAGCCAUUGGCUGUUUGGUUGGGGCUAAUGCAGUUGAUUACGAAGCUAUCCAAGCUCGAGAUCCAGAGGAUAGGCCAGAUUCUGCCACAAUUGGAGUGGCAAGAGCUAUUUUGAGCAAUCGAAUCAGCCAUUUCUUGAACAUUAGAGGCCCUAGUAUGACUAUCGAUACAGCUUGCUCGGGCAGCUUAGUAUCCCUUGAUGUGGCAUGUCGCUACCUGGAUACCAACCAAGCAGAUGGAAUGAUUGUAUCUGGUGCCAAUAUGUGGUUGAACCCGGAGCAUAACCAGGAGACCGGCAUGAUGCGAGCAACCCAAUCAGCUUCGGGCAAAUGCCAUACGUUUGAUGCAAAGGCGGAUGGGUAUGUAAAAGCCGAAGCAAUUAAUGCCGUGUUCCUGAAGCGACUCUCUGAUGCGAUACGAGAUGGUGAUCCUAUCCGUGCUGUGAUCCGUGGAACGUCCACAAACAGUGCUGGACGAACGCCCGGAAUCGCAAGCCCUAGCUCUGAGGCACAGGCUGCUGCAAUCCGGGCGGCAUAUGCCAAUGCGGGAAUCUCUAAUUUCCUCGACACGGGAUACUUGGAAUGCCAUGGAACCGGGACGUUAGCCGGUGACCCGGUCGAAGUGGCGGGUGCCGCAUCGGUCUUUGCUAAAGGUCGGGGGCCGGGCCAGGAGCUAGUCAUCGGGUCAAUCAAAAGCAACAUCGGCCACUCCGAGGCCGCUGCAGGAAUUUCUGGUUUGAUCAAGGCAAUUCUUGCGGUUGAGCGAGGAAUGAUCCCCGGCAAUCCGACCUUUGUGAAACCAAACCCCAAUAUCGAUUUUGACGCGCUACGCGUGCGGGCAACUCGUCACAUGAUAAAGUGGCCUGUCGGGACACAGCGUCGUGCCAGUGUUAACUCCUUUGGAUUUGGAGGUGCCAAUGCCCAUGUUGUCCUGGAAUCAGCCGAGAACUCGCCUCAUGUAUCGUCAUACUUAGAGAGGGUUGGUCUUGACUUCUUUAACGAGGAGGAGGAUGCCUCGCCAGAACAGAGCUCCGAGCCUAAGCUCCUAGUAUUCUCCGCCAAUGACGAGCCGUCCCUGAAGAACAACAUUCAGGCAAUCUCCGCACAUUUGAUGAGCCCCGGUGUAAGGUUCGAUAUGGGUGAUCUAUCAUACACCCUUUCCGAAAGGCGCACCCGACACUACCAACGGGCAUUUCUUGUGACACGGGGAAAGGAAAUUCCGCAAGAACGUAUUAUCUUUGGCAAGAACAAGGGCACUCCGCCGAAGAUCGGGUUCUUAUUUACCGGUCAGGGAGCGCAAUGGUCUCAGAUGGGACUAGAAGUGUUGAAUACCUUCCCAGUCGCCAGGAACAUGAUCCAUCAUCUAGAUGAUGUAUUGCAAACGUCUUUAUCACCACCAGAAUGGACUCUUUGGGAUGAAUUGACGAAGCCCAGAAGUGGGGAUGCGUUGCGGCAACCUGAGUUUUCUCAGCCUCUUGUUACAGCAUUGCAGCUGUUAAUUCUUGAAGUCAUGAAGAGCUGGGGCAUAGUUCCCACUAGUGUCGUCGGCCACUCUUCGGGCGAAAUUGCUGCUGCGGCAGCGGCCGGGUUGAUCACUCCGGAAGCGGCCAUCAAGAUAGCAUACUACCGCGGCCAUGCUGCCAAAAAGGUUUCGGAAGAGGUCCCUCUCGGUAUGCUGGCCGUGGGCAUUGGUGCAGAGGAGGUGGGAGGUUAUCUAGAUAGAGGCGACGGCACGGUACAGAUUGCCUGCUACAAUAGCCCGUCUAGCCUCACACUUUCAGGCCCAGCCUCAGCUCUCGAGAUGAUUCGAGAUCAUCUACAAGAAGAUGGUCACUUUGCCAGAAUGCUACUUGUCAACCUCGCCUACCAUUCCAAAUACAUGACCCAAAUCGGAGAAGAAUAUGAAGCGCUGCUUCUGAAAGACGAAGACUUACGGCAGGACAAUGUCACUGUCACCCAGGAGACGAACGAGGAGGCUGUGCGGAUGUUCUCAUCUGUCACCGGUCAACUGAUGAUCACACGACCAGAUGCCGCCUAUUGGAAAGCCAACAUGAUAUCUCCGGUCCGUUUUGCUCAAGCCACAACAGAGCUACUACAGAGCGAAUCCGCUUCGAACUUCCUGGUGGAAAUCGGACCAAGCAACGCAUUGGCCGGUCCGGUUACGCAGAUCAAGAAGUCCCUCUCGGGUGCUGCAGCAGACGCACAGUAUACUACAGCGCUGAAGAGAGGAGCUGACUCAAUCGUCGCUCUUUACGAGGUGGCUGGAUCACUUUUUGUCAGCGGUGGAUCUGUCUCACUGAAACAAGUCAACCACCACAACGCACCUCGCGCCCCCAGAGUCAUAGUUGAUCUCCCCAAUUACUCUUGGAAUCACUCCACUAAAUACUGGCACGAAACUACGGCGAGCACAGAUUGGCGAUUUAAGCAGUUUAUCAGCCACGAUCUGCUUGGGUCUAAAAUACUUGGAACUGCCUGGAGCGCCCCGGUAUUCAAGAAAACAUUGAAACUAGCGGAUGUUUCUUGGCUCGUGGACCAUAAGUUAGGAAGCCAGGUCGUGUUCCCAGGCGCUGGGUAUAUUUCCAUGGCCGUUGAGGCAAUGUACCAGACGGCCUGGAUGACUAGUUGGAAAGGCGAGCCACCUGCUCGGUACCGAUAUAGGCUCCGAGACGUCAAAUUAGUCCGAGCUCUAGUACUGGAACCUGAUGUUACGUCUCGAAUUAUCCUUGCCUUGACCCCUGUUCCUGGCUCGACGCGCUCUUGGUUUGAAUUUAAAGUUUCUUCAUUGAGAGAAGCUACUUGGGUUGAACACUGUGUCGGCCUUGUGCGGAUUGAUACGGAAUACAGUGACCAGCGUGCGCCAGAGGGUGCUGUCGACACACUGAAGUUCGCCAGUUCAGCACGUUCUUGGUACAAAGUGAUGGCAGAUGUUGGCUACAACUUUGGCCCCGCGUUCCAGAAACACUUACAAGUGGAGGCGAUCACUGGUCAGAGGAGGAGCAGGUCGACAGUUUCUCUGCAACCCCCAGAGUCAUCCUACGGGCAGUCCAUUUAUCCCAUGCACCCAGCUUGCAUUGAUGGAUGUUUCCAAACUGUUUCGCCAGCCCUAUGGGGAGGCGAUCGAACAACUGUCGGAGCUGUCCUGGUGCCGGCUGUCAUCAGCAGUCUUGUCAUCACCGCACAAGAACAAUCCCCAAGCGAGGCUAUCUCCGUUGCGUCGGCACAUUAUCUGGGGAUCGGACGUAAUGAUACCCCUAGAAACUACGGAACGGAUUGUUCUGUUUACAACCCCCAGGAUGGAUCUCUACUAUUGGAGAUGAAAGGACUUCAAUUCCGAGAGCUGGAAACAAGUGAAGAUGAGCGACCUCAGCAUGUGUUCACUAGAUCGUGCUGGAAUGCAGACAUUUCAACUUUGCUGUCCGCACCUACAGCCACCUUACAGCAGGUCCUUGAAAAGAACAUGCCAGAGGCCCAAUCUGAAUUCAAUCCAGUCGAUUCCGAGGGAUCUGGCCCAACCAGACAGCAAAGACUUGUUCAAACCCUUGUGGAUCUUGUUGCUUACAAGUGUCCUAAGUUGAAAAUCUUGGAGGUCAAGGCUGGCCCAGAAGAUGCGACCAGCAUUUGGCUUCAAAGUAACUCACUACCAUCCAACUCGAUUCGAGAUGCCUGCUCACUAUACCACUUUGCAUCAACUGAUUCAACAGCCCUCGUCGCCGCGCAGAAUCAGUAUUCCUCCCGCGCCCCUAAUGCAGAAUUUACCAUGAUUAGCCCAACCGUCACCACGGAAAUCCUUGAUGGCGUGAAAUUUGAUCUGGCUAUAGUAGCAAUCUCGCAGUCCGCAUCGACGGAGGAAGCGAGGGCAGUUGUAGCCAGUGUGUAUUCUUCUAUGCACAACAAUAGUUUGGUCCUGGUGAUUGGCCAAGAGACAUUUUCGCCUACUGUGGAUAUUCAAGCUGUCUUGUCCGAAACCAAUUUUGGCAAUAUCCACACGUUGGGCGAUAAAGUUUAUCUGUGCUCGCUCGUCAGCGGUGAACAACAGGAAGACUGGAACAACAUACCUGAGCGGGGAAUAAUCAAGCAAGUCAGUCUUCUGCCAACCGCCCAAGAAGCCCAUUCACAGAUCAUUGAAUCUCUUCGAAAUGAAAAUUGGAAUGUUGAUAUCGUUACGGAUGUGGCGAGCAACAUCACCGCCAAUGAGACUGUUCUCAUCCUUGAUGAACUUUCGACCACGGUAAUGGAUUGCCUGGACGAAAGACAAUGGGAAAUCCUGCAGCACCUUAUUCAAAAGGAAUGCCAAAUCUUAUGGGUCACCUCUGGCGCCCAAAUAAAUGUCACUGAUCCGACCAAAGCUGCCAUCAGUGGCUUCUUCCGCGUGUUGCGUGCCGAGGAACCUCUCCUCCGCCUAGUUGUUUUAGAUGUCGAGCAGCCAUCGGAGCCUCCCACGGUAACAGCCAUCGAAGCCUGUCUCACUCUCAUGGCAGAGCCUCAGGCCAAGGAAUCGAUCGAGAGCGAAUUCGUGGAGCGUGGGGGUGUGCUGCAUGUGAACCGAAUUCUUCCAGACGCGACACUCACCGGCCUUCAAGAUGAAGAUCCUAGCGCCCGGAAAACAGAAACGCUCGACCUGCAUGCGAGCAACACGCGCAUCCGCUUGAGUGCUGAACGACUAGGUAACAUCGAUUCGGUGCAUUAUUGGGAACAGCCGGCGGCGGACUCUCUGGCCUUGCCUGAUGGCUUUGUUGAAGUUGAAAUUUUUGCCGCCGGCAUGAAUUACAAGGAUGUUGUGGUCACGAUGGGAAUUGUUCCCGGUAAUGAACACACUCUUGGAGGCGAAGGUGCAGGUCUCAUUACUAGGGUCUCUCCAGGAGUAACUUCAUUUGCCGUGGGACAACGUGUAGUCGUGUUUGACAAGGGAACGUUUGCCAACCGAGUGCAGACGACCCCAGGGCGGGUUCAUAGUAUUCCAGACUGGAUGACCUUUGAACAAGCUUCCACGUUGUCAGCAGUCUACCUGACCUCUAUAUACUCCCUGUUUGAUCUCGGGAAUGUGGUCAAAGACCAGCGCGUUCUCAUUCACUCUGCUGCCGGUGGUGUUGGCAUCGCAGCAAUCCAGCUAUGUCAAUAUGCAGGUGCCGAGAUAUUUGCCACGGUCGGAACGGACGAGAAACGAGAAUUUCUCAAAUCAACAUUCGGCCUCUCGGAUGACCGAAUCUUCAAUUCAAGAAAUACCGACUUCGCUAACCAGAUAUCUAAUGUCACCAACGGCCAGGGAGUGGACCUUAUCUUGAACUCAUUAACAGGUGAUAUGCUCGACGAAUCAUGGCGUAUCUUGGCCGAUGGGGGUACAAUGAUCGAGAUUGGCAAAAAGGACAUCCUGGAUCGGAAUGGCCUGUCCAUGGAGCCUUUUGAUCGCAACAUCUCUUUCCGAGCAGUGGAUAUGUCGCAUGAGCGAGCCCCGGAUCACCUUGUUUCUCGAUUGAUGUCGAGAUUGUUUGAAUUGAUCGAGGCAGGGCACUUGAAACCCAUCGCACCGAUCCAUCAAUUUUCAUUUGCGGAAAUUCCAUCCGCUAUCCGGUUUUUACGUGCUGGGAAACACAUUGGCAAGAUUGUCAUCUCGGAUGGACCAGAGGCCGUGGUCAAAGUUCCAGUCCGACGAACGCCCAAAGCCCUGACCUUGCGCAAUGACGCAUGCUACCUGAUUGUCGGUGGCCUCAAGGGUCUUUGCGCCUCCCUCGCUGUAUAUCUGGCCAAAUGCGGUGCAAAGUACUUGGCAGUGAUCUCACGUAGCGGUCACACUGAUGAGAAGUCACAGGGUGUGGUCAGAGAAAUCCAGGCUUUGGGGUGCCAGAUUGAUCUUCUUUCGGCGGAUGUCUCAGUCAUGAGCGACGUGGAGAAAGCUUUCAGUCAGACUGCGGUGCCCAUUGGAGGUAUUGUUCAAGGUGCAAUGGUGCUACGGGAUCGAACCUUCUCCUCCAUGUCUGUCGAUGAAUACCACGGCGCACUAUCAUGCAAAAUCCAAGGAACAUGGAACCUGCACCACGCCGCUGAAAAUCUUGGCCUCCAGUUAGAUUUCUUCACCAUGUUGUCCAGCAUCUCAGGAGUCGUCGGCCAAAAAGGUCAAGCCAACUAUGCCGCCGGCAAUGCUUUCCUGGACUCUUUCGCCAGCUACCGCCGUCGCCUAGGCCGACCGGCCUGUGCUGUCGACCUCGGAGUGAUUGAAGAUGUGGGUUACAUCCACGAAAGAGAUGGCAUGCAGCAGAAGCUGGACACCAGCAUCUGGGUGGGGAUCAAUGAGGGUCUUUUGCGUCGCAUCCUCUAUUUUUCAAUUUUGCAGCAACAGCCGGAUGCGUUAUCAAUACUCUCCAACACGCAAGUGAUCACUGGUAUCCCGGUACCCCAACCCGAGAACUCGCAGUUGUUGCAUGACGCCCGAUUUGCCGGUCUCUUUACCACCAGUGGGCGCACAGCGGCCGACGGUGGAGAGGGCGGCUCGGGUGGUUCGAAGGACGUUCAGGCAUUGCUGCUGCUGCUUCGAUCCAAAUCCCCGGAUCACGCAGCGCAGCUUGCAGCGACUGUGGAGGUAGUCAAUAAGUGCUUUGUGAGAGUCCUUCGGCUCUCGGAGCCCAUCGAUACCGGACGACCUCUGUCUGUUUACGGCAUUGAUUCCCUGGCUGCUGUGGAAGUGCGAAACUGGCUUCGGGCCGAGCUUGGGGCUUUAGUAACUACAUUGGAUAUUCUUAAUGCUUCGUCGCUGAUCGCUCUUUGCGAGAAGGUCGUAGCAAAAGCGACUAGUUCAUAA